AUGUCUGACCCUCCCAGCACACCUCCGGCCGAGUCGGGCCCCCCGCCUGAGUCAUCUCCGCGCAAAAAACAUGCCUUUGUGACUGUCGGCUCUACCCGCUUCGAUGCGCUCGUCCAGGCCGUCCAGACGGACGCGGUGUUGGCCGCGCUGCGCACGCGGGCGGUCUCAGGCGUGACGGUGCAGGGCGGCGAGGCGGUCAGGGAGUUCAGCCCCGAGCAGCUGCAGGCGGCGACCACGCGUGGCGCACGGUACGGGAUCGACGACGACUACGAACGGGCGGAUCUGGUGAUAAGCCAUGCGGGUACGACCCCCGCGUCCACCGCGCAGCUCCGGCACAUCCUCGACGUCCUCCGCCUCAGGAAACCGCUCAUCGUGGUCCCCAACCCCUCUCUGCUCGACAACCACCAGCAGGAGCUUGCGGACGCACUCGCGGACCUCGGUCAUCUCAGAACUUGCACGGUCGACACCCUCGCGCACACCCUCGAGUCGCUCGACGAGGCUUCGCUUGUUCCGUUUCCCCAGUUCGACGGCAGCAGGUUCCGCGAGAUGUUGGAUGAGGAGAUGGGCUACCCGCCCGACGACCCGCCGGAAUGA